AUGAGGCAACAUAAACUGAAGAUGAACCCAGAGAAGUGUGUUUUUGGAGUUCAAGCAGGAAAUUUCCUAGGAUUCUUGGUCCACCAGAGAGGCAUAGAAAUCGACAAGAACAAAGCAAAAUCCAUCAUAGAAGCUCUACUGCCUAGGAACAAGAAAGAAUUGCAGAGAACAGACCUUCAAGUGGGAAGAAUAGCACCAACAAGCAAAGGCAGACCACUCAAGCACUAUGUAUCUGCAUCAGAGGUGUCCAUUGGGAGUCUGUUAGUUCAAGAUAACAAGGAAGGGAAGGAACAGGUAGUCUACUACCUGAGCAGAACUCUGACAGAGGUGGAAAGAAAAUAUUUUGCAAUUGAACGACUUUUCCUAGCCUUGUACUUCACUGCUAUGAAACUUAGACACUACAUGCUGCCAUACACCAUCUACAUCAUUGCCAAGAUAGAUCUGAUCAAGUACAAGCUAACGAGACCAAUGCUGAGAGGCAUAAUUGGAAAAUGCACCUUGGCCUUGACAGAAUAUGCCUUCAGAUAUGUUCCUCAGAAAGCUGUCAAAGGACAAGCUGUGGCAGACUUCCUAGCAGAUCAUCCUGGGGAGGAAAUUGAAAACAUGGACUCUUUGGACAUAGCAAAUGCAAAUCUAUUGACCAGAGCUCACACCUGCCUCAACAAUCCUAUCUAUUCAUGCACCAACAACAGGGUAGAAUAUGAGGCUCUAAUCAUUGGCUUAGAAAUUCUGGUGGAACUAGGAAUCCAAUCUGUGGAAAUUUUGGGAGAUUCCAUGCUUGUUUUGAAACAGAUUGCUGGGGAAUACAAGUGCCUAAGUCCCUCUCUAGCCGUCUACUUGGUGGCAGCUAGGAAUCUUCUGACAGAAUUCAGAUAA